AUGAUGGAGGCUGUAGAUAUUGAUAGUGAGACACGGAUGGCCGUUGAUGGCAGCACAGAACCCCCUGAGGGCUAUAGAGAUCCUGACAUCAGUGUUGCGAUUCGUGAGCUCAAGUCGCCAAACCAUAGAAACGCUUCGAUCGCUGCUGAGUUUCUCUUCGAACGAUCGCACACGGAACAUGAGCGAUCUUCAUGGAACAAGAACCAGAUCAGGAACGAAGGAGGAAUCCCAAUUCUUUGCCAGCUGUUGAAGUCCCCUUCGUGGCAUGUUCGAUAUCAUGCAUGCAGCGCAUUGAGCGAACUUGCAUUCAGGAACGAGAAGAACUGCAAGGCUAUCGUAGAGAAUUCGUGGGCUCUACAGAGCCUUGUGGAGAUGCUCAGCACAACAUACACGACGAUGCAGGAAGAUGCGGCGCUGGUCAUCAACAACUGUGCAGCCUUCUGUGAGGAAGCAUGCCUGGUGAUGAUCAAACAUCCAGGGCUGGUUCAGGCGCUCAAGGCACUGGUGACAGAUGGAUUGUUCGGGGCGAAGAACGUGUCAGUCGGGGCGAUCAACUGCCUGACGAGAUGUGACAGCGCAAAGAAGCUGCUGAAUGACCUCAAGAUCGUGGAGGAGGCUUUGAUUCCCGCGAUUCAGGAGGCGGGUUAUGGGGAAAAGUACAACGCAAGGGUCUGCAGAGCCUCCAUGGCUAUCGCAAAUCUGACAGGGUCCUGCUACGAGCCGCUGACAACGAUCAGCCACUACCACACAGUCGCGGCAAUGGUGGAGAUUCUUGGAUACUCUCUUGAGGGAAAAAGCUGGGCAGGUAUCAACUUUGCGCCCUACAGUGUUCUGUAUCCCUUGCGAAGCCUCGCGUACAACCCGAAGCACCGAAAGGAGCUCAUUGAGUGUGGGCUGAUCGAGAGGAUAGCGGAGACAAUGAACACCUGGAAGUUGGAGGAUCACAGAUCCAGACAAGUCUUGCUCAUUGCAAUUGAUAUCGCGAAUGUCUUGUUCAAGACCCCUGACUACAAGGGAAUUUUCUUCUCAUCGGGCAUCUUCGCAGCAACCAAGCUCGUUGCUUCAGGUCGUCGUGACGAGGGACAAGGGUUGUAUCAGAACGCUAACUUCUCUGAUCAGAAUUAUCCUGUUGCAGUGUGGAUGGGGUUGCACCAGCGGCUUGGAGCCAAAUCACAGUUUCAACUUCUGGACGAGUACGUGGUGGGGAUUAUUCUUGAGUAUUCUUUCAAAGGCUAUAAAUGUAAUUAA